AUGACUUCUUUAGAUAAUAAUAAUAUACCAAAGGAAGAAGAAGAACAAGAAGAAGAAGAGGAUGAACUAAAGAAUAGUAAUCAUAACGAUAGUAGUAAUAAUGACAUUGGCAGUAUUCAAGUUUCAAACGACGAACAUCUCGAGAAUCAUGACAUUAAUAACCUAGAAGAUAUACCAUUGGAUACAGAUAUUAUCAAAAAAGAAGAAGUAAAGGUAGAGGAAGAUGUUAAAGAAGAAGAAAAGGAAGUUAAAGAAGAGAAGGAAGUAUCAGCAGCAUCAAUACUACCAUCAUCAGAAACAACAAUAGAAACAAAACCUACUAUUACAGAAGAUACACCACCUGCUGCUGUUGAUGUUGCUGCUGCUAAUAGUACUACUACAGUUGAACAAAAAACAAUUGAGAAUGAAGUGGUUGUUGUCGUUGGUAGUGAUGGUGGUAGUGGUUCAGAGUCAAAGACUACACCAAACAUAUCGAGUUCAACAACGACCGAUGAAUAUGGUCUGCCAAUAACAGAGACGACAUCCGAUACCAGUGGUAUCAACAGUAGCAGUAGCAGUAGAAAGAACAGUGUCGAGCACGACAGUCUCAAUCUAUCGCAACUCAAAGAGAAGCUACCGAACGUUAUGCAUCUCUUUGAACACUUUAUCGUCGUUGGUCUACCAAACAGCAAAACACCACCGAGAAUCGGAAUCAUUCAUAAACCAGAGUUAUUAUUUUACUAUCCAUCUGAUAAACCGGUACCACCAAAAGCACAUGAAUUCUGUUUUCCAAAUGGAAUAUCACCAUAUUUGAUUAAACGUACACCAAGUUGUUCGUCGCUUCACGAGUUGUUGUAUGGUCAGCCAUACUUGCAGUCAUCAGAGUAUUUCUACACUUUUGUAUUAACAGGUGAAUCGCCGCUCUACGGUAUCUGUGUUAGUAAACCAGAGCUACUUAGUACCAUUCCAAAUUUCUUUCCAGAUCAACCUUUGGUAUUAGAGAAAAAACCAACCUAUAUCACUGCACCAAGGAGUUAUUGUUUCUUAUCUAAAAUACCAUUGUUCCACGUUCAUUUUAAUGCUUUGAUGUAUUUAUUGGCACAGGACAGACUUAUUACCAUCACUCGUGAAUUGAGUUCAGCGAUAGCCGAUGAUGAGAAUAAUGAAAACAAUAAUAAUAAUAAUAACGAUUCACCUCCAAAUUCAACUACACCUCAAAUUGUUAAUCAUACCGAAAAUCAAACACAAACGACGACAACAACAACAGAUGAAACUAAUAAUAUUAAUAAUAAUAAUCCAACUACUACUACUAUUACUACUACUGCUAAUAAUGAAAAUGUUACUGUUGUUGAUCAACAUGCAGAUAAUCAAUCAACUGAACCAAAGGAAUCGACUGAUAAUUCUCAACAACAACAACAACAACAACAACAACAACAACAACAACAACAACAACAACAACAACAACAACAACAAACUCAAGAGACUACUGUUGACUCUAACAAAAAUGAAAAACAGAACGACCAAGUUGAAAAGGAAAAAGAAAAAGAAACAGCAAUUGUAAACACUCCACAAUCCAACGAAUAUAAACAUUUGGUCGACAAGAAGAAUCUGUUGGAGAUUCUUAAAUUCUAUUCAUCUUUGACUCUACCAGAUCCUGGUGAAACCCUAAACUAUUCAUUCCCUGGAGAGAUUUUAAAGAGACAAUAUCUAAUUCCAACUGGUAAAGAUAAUGAUGAAAUAUUCUCAAAGUCAAUGUCAGAAUGGGCUAUCAUUGGAUUGUUUAUGAAAUUGAAUUUGGAAAAUAUCCUAAAAGUACUUGGAGCUGUAUUAUUAGAACAACGUGUCGUAUUUGUAUCAGAUAAUCUAUCUUUAAUAUCAUCAGCUUGUUUUUCAAUGCAAGCAUUUAUUUACCCAUUUUUAUGGCAAGGUUUAUUUGUACCAAUUAUUCCACAGCCAUUAAUCGAUUAUUUGGAAGCACCUGUUCCAUUUAUAGCAGGUGCUCAGGUUUUGAGAAAGAAGAACUUUGAUGGACUCAUUGUCGAUUUAAACAACGAUAAGGUUUCAUACAAUAACUGUAGUGUUCCACCUCCAUUACCAGAGUUUAAAAAAUUACAAAAGAAUUUAAGUAGUGAUCAAGUUAUUUUAGCAAAUGAAAAGAAUCACAAUCCAAUUAAAAAUACUCCAACUCAGAUUGAAGCUAUUCAUCGUAUUUACAGUACAAUACAACAAUACAUUUGGUGGUUGGUCAAAAAGAUUGAAACCAGUUUCAUGAUUACCGAAGAGAUUGCUGCCGACAGUUUAAAGAUUGAAGAAUUGAAACACAAAUUCCUUAGCACCGUGUCUGUCCACAACAAAGGUUUUGUGUCUAUGCUAUUGGAUACACAACACUUUUCACAUUUCCUUCACAAUACAUUAGUUCCUCAAUGUAAAGUUGCAACAACUAAUAAAGAACAAAAAUAA